UGCGACGUUUACAUGAACACGUGCCAUGCGUGCAAAAUGUAUGUGUAAAUGAAAUCAUACACAUGCUUUUAAUAAUAACAACAUAUUAUCGACAAGAGACGGAUAAACAUUGCUGGUUGUCAUGGCUGGAAACACGUUGCUGUUUAAAUCAAAUUAUGCGGAAUUCAGCAAAAUUGAACCGUUUUACAAGGGAGGUAAAGUGCAAAUAAGUCAUGAUGAGCAGUACAUUUUCUGCACAUGUGGACCACGAAUCAUCAUUUUGCAAAUCAAUACUGGGAAAAUUAUUCAUAGUAUCGAGCAGGAUGAUCAGGAGGACAUCACGUCAUUCUCUCUCAGUCCUGAUGAUGAGAUGCUGGUGACUGCUAGCAGGGCUUUGCUGUUGAAGCAGUGGGAUUGGAAGCAGGAGAAGUGCACUCGAUCAUGGAGGGCCAUCCACAAUGUGCCAGUGGCCAGCAUGACUUUUGACUGCACCUCCACACUACUGGCAACAGGGGGUUGUGAUGGCACCAUCAAGCUCUGGGAUAUUGUGAAGCAGUACUGCACCCACAAUCUGAAAGGAUCAUCAGGUGUUGUACAUUUGGUUGAGUUCCAUCCAGACAUCAGCAAGCUGCAGCUCUUCUCUUCCUCUGCGGAUUGUGGCAUCCGUAUUUGGGACCUACGGACCAGCAAGUGUAUCUGUGUGCUAGAGAGUCACUACAGUGCCGUCACAUCUCUGGCUUUUGCUCCUGAUGGCCAGACACUGGUCAGUUCUGGGCGAGAUAAAAUCUGUACAGUGUGGGACUUGAAGGAGAAGACGGUGAAGAGGACUGUCCCUGUCUAUGAGGCUGUGGAAGGCGUUGUUGUUCUCCCUGAGAAUAGCGAAUACUCUAAGAUGGGUGUGAAGAGUGAUGACUUGCACUUUAUCACAGCUGGCAGUAAAGGUGUUCUGAGAGUGUGGGAGUCCAGCUCAGCACGCUGUGUGUUUACACAGACCCUACCCGAUGCUCCUGCUCUCAUCCCGGAGGAGGGUGAUCUGGACCCACGCAGUCUGUUGCACUGCCUGUCCAUGCCUCAAUCCAACAGACUGGCCACAGUCACCGCAGAGCAUAACAUCCUCAUCUAUAAGCUGCCCAAUUUCGCUGUAGAGCAGCAGUUUGUUGGCUACAAUGAUGAUAUCUUGGAUGUGAAGUUUUUGGGGAAGGAUGACACACACAUCGUUGUGGCUACUAACAGCUCUCAGUUGAAGGUCUUUGAGCUGGCCACCAAUAGCUGCCAGAUUUUGUAUGGACACACAGAUACCAUCUUGUCUAUAGAUGUGUUGCGAAAGGGUUUCAUGUUUGCAAGCUGUGCAAAGGACAAGUCCCUGCGGCUGUGGAGGAUGAACCCGGAGAGCGGCCGCGUGCAGUGUGUGGCUCAGGGCAGCGGACACUCCAAUGCAGUGGGCUCCAUCGCCUGCUCUAGGUUAAAGAAAGUCUUCCUCGUAUCGGGGAGUCAGGACUGCACUGUUAAAGUGUGGGACCUGCCUGACCCGCUUCCUGCUGCGGGGUUUGAACCGGCCUUGAUGACUUCACGACUUACAGAGAAAGCUCACGAUAAGGAUGUGAACAGUGUGGCCAUCUCUCCCAAUGACAAACUGCUGGCGUCUGGCUCUCAGGAUCGCACAGCUAAACUCUGGUCGCUGGCUGAUAUGAGUCUGUUAGGGGUCUUCAGAGGUCACAGUCGAGGUAUCUGGUGUGUUCAGUUCUCUCCUGUGGAUCAGGUCUUGGCUACGGCAUCCGCAGACGGCUCCAUCAAGCUGUGGGGCAUUCAUGAUUUCAGCUGCCUCAAGACGUUUGAGGGACAUGAUGCCUCUGUGCUAAAGAUUACGUUCGUCAGCCGGGGAACUCAGCUAGUCUCUGGUGGUUCGGAUGGACUCAUGAAGUUGUGGACUAUAAAAACUAACGAGUGUGUGAAAACCUUUGACGCUCACCAGGACAAAGUGUGGGCUCUGCAUGCCAGCAGCAAAGAUGACCUGAUUGUGACUGGAUCUGCUGAUUCCAACAUUAUACUCUGGAAGGACGUGACUGAAGUGGAGCUCGCAGAGGAGCAGGCAAAACAAGAAGAACAAGUUCUUAAGCAGCAGGUGUUGUCAAAUUUACUCCAUGAGAAGAAAUAUCUAAAGGCUCUGGGUAUCGCUAUCUCUCUGGAUCAGCCACACACCGUGCUACGUGUUAUUAAAGAAAUUCGUCAACAAGAUGAUGCCUCACAGCAGCUAGAAAAGACCCUCCUGAAACUCCGUCAGGAUCAGAAAGAGUCAGUGUUGCGGUACUGUGUGGUGUGGAACACUAAUUCACGGAGCUGUCUAGAUGCUCAGUCCGUUCUGCAGGUGCUGCUCACACACCUGAGCCCAGAGGAACUGCUGCAGUAUCAAGGGGCCCGCACACAUCUCGAGGGCCUCAUCCCAUAUACAGAGAGACACAUACAGAGGAUUGGGCGUCUCCUGCAGUCCUCCAUGUUUCUGGAUUACAUGUGGCAGAAAAUGCGUAUCACAGGGGGUAAAGACAGCUUGAACUUGGACGAUGAGGAGAUGGACACCACUCCUCAGGCCACCUUCUACGUAGACAAGCAACCAGUGGAGAUAACAGACAUUCAAGCUCCUCAGCAAAAACAAGAAGAUGAUGAGGAAGAUUUGGAGGGUUCAGUAGAUAGUGUGGAGGUUCUUGAUGAAGAUGAAAGUGUCAGUGCAUCUAAAUGUGCCAAUGUAAGUGGCAAGAAACAGAACGGGGUGAAUGGAGGUCAUGUGUCCAGUGAGGAUAGUGAAGAUGAGGAUUUCAUGGAAAUUCCCACUAAAUCUGCAGGUCCCGCCCCCUGUAUAACGGUGGCUAUAAGGUGAUUGGCCGAUAUAGCUGUCAAUCAAGAGUCUCUUUAUUCAGUACUGUGUUUUGAAUUGAUGGACCACCUGUUGAUCUGAAGAGAGUCAGUGAAUUCUUUUUGCGGAUGAUUCAACAUGUUUUGUUGUAGCAUUGCCUUGACCCAACAAAACAGCUGGCAUAUAUUAUUUGUAUCACCACAUUAAAUUAAAUACUCUUAGAUCCUU